CCGAGAAAGUGGAAGUUCGCAGAAUGCAGUGAUUGUCUGUCGCGUGGUUGUCCAUGAAGCCGUCCUCGAGCAAUAAGUCUGUUGGGCAGCCCGUGCCACCUGCUCAAACGGCACAAGGACAACCAGCGUCGGCAGGACAGUCGUCUGCAGCGCAAGAUCCUCCUGGUUCACACGACCAACCACCAACUUCACAUCACGCAGGACGUCAUAAGUCAAAAGGAAAAUCAUCAAAGUCCAAAGUAAAAGAUCAGUCGAAAGAAGCACCGAAAGAAGCACCAAAAGAAGCUCAACAGGAGGCACCGACGGAAGCCCAAAGAGAAGUUAAAGAGGAAGCACCAAAAGAAACUCCAAAAGAACCGACUAAAGUCAAAUCAAAGGAAAGCCCUGGAGGUGGUCCAGUUGCACCAGCAGUAGCCGCUGUUAAGGCAGAGAAAAGUUCACUCAAACCUAAGGCCUCAGAGUCACAUCCUGAAGCUGCACCCAAGCAGGCUGCUGCUGCUGCUGCUACUUCAAAAAAAGGCACCAUGCAGCUAAGCGAGGAGAUGAUAGCAGAAUAUCGGGAAGCAUUCGCCUUAUUUGACAAGGAUGGUGAUGGCGUCAUCACCACUAAGGAACUUGGAACGGUGAUGCGCGCCCUCGGACAAAAUCCCACGGAGGCCGAACUGAGGGACAUGAUUGCUGAGGUAGACGUGGACGGCUCUGGAGCCGUCGACUUCCCAGAAUUCCUUGCGAUGAUGAGUAAAAAGGCUCAUAGUACCGACACGGAGGAAGAAAUACGAGAUGCCUUUAAGGUGUUUGAUCGGGACGGCAACGGCUUCAUUACGGCCGCCGAGCUGAGACACGUCAUGACAUCGUUGGGUGAAAAGCUCACUACGGAGGAAGUGGAUGAAAUGAUCAGAGAGGCAGACAUUGACGGGGACGGACAAAUCAACUACGAGGAGUUUGUUGCAUUGAUGACCUCAACAUAAGAGACGUUUUAUCUGCUUGCCUUUUUCCCAUGGAAAUUAGACAGCACAGAAAUAAAGUCCUUUACAUGUU